CCCGAGUCGGUUCUUAAGCACAAUAAGAGUGUGUGUGUAUAUACGUUAAAAUACUGUCAAAGUGUAAGCUGUGAAAAUCCAGUAAUUGAAUGCAAAUUCUUGAAAAACUAAAUCAAAUAUAAGAAACUGCAAUGUCUGCAAAGACUACUCUGUGUCUGGCACUCUUUUGCGCCCUUGGCUGUCUCAUUCAAGUGGCCGAAUCGCGGAGUAUUCAACAAAAGGCAUCUCAGUGUGGCUAUCAGAGCUGCCAUGCAACAAAACCCAACAUGCUGAAUGUGCAUCUUGUGGCACACACUCAUGAUGAUGUUGGCUGGCUGAAAACCGUUGACCAAUAUUAUUAUGGCAGCGAAACUAGGAUCCAAAAGGCUGGAGUACAGUAUAUAAUCGAUUCGGUUGUGGAGGCUCUACUAAGAGAUCCUGAGAAAAGAUUUAUCUAUGUGGAAUCUGCAUUUUUCUUCAAAUGGUGGAAGGAGCAGAAACCCAAAGUCCAAGAAGCUGUUAAGAUGUUGGUGGAGCAGGGAAGACUCGAAUUUAUUGGUGGAGCUUGGAGCAUGAAUGAUGAGGCCACAACACAUUACCAGAGUGUGAUCGAUCAGUUUUCUUGGGGAUUAAGACUUCUGAACGAUACCUUUGGAGAGUGUGGACGCCCGCGAGUUGGAUGGCAAAUUGAUCCCUUCGGUCACUCUAGGGAAAUGGCUUCUAUGUUCGCCCAAAUGGGUUUCGAUGGAAUGUUUUUCGGUCGUUUGGACUACCAAGAUAAGGACGAACGUCUUAUGACCAAAAACGCUGAAAUGAUAUGGCAUGGAUCAGCAAAUCUUGGAGAGGAAGCGGAUCUGUUUAGUGGCGCUCUCUAUAAUAACUACCAGGCUCCAGAUGGUUUCUGUUUCGAUAUUUUAUGCAGCGAUGCCCCCAUAAUUGAUGGCAAACACAGCCCAGACAAUAAUGUUAAAGAGCGCGUGGAUACUUUCUUGGAAUAUGUUACCAAAAUGGCCGAAAAGUUCCGCACUCCCAACGUGAUCCUUACAAUGGGUGAGGAUUUCCAUUACCAAAACGCCGAUAUGUGGUAUAAGAACCUGGACAAACUGAUUAAAUACGCAAAUGAGCGUCAGGCGAAUGGUUCGAAUAUAAACCUUUUGUACUCUACACCAUCGUGUUAUCUGAAAUCUCUGCACGAUGCUGGUAUUACUUGGCCGACCAAGAGCGAUGACUUCUUCCCCUAUGCCUCCGAUCCCCAUGCUUACUGGACCGGAUACUUCACAUCCCGACCUACUUUGAAGCGAUUCGAACGGGAUGGUAAUCACUUCUUGCAAGUUUGCAAGCAACUGAGUGCUCUGGCACCCAAUAAGCCUGAGGAAUUUGAUCCUCAUUUGACUUUUAUGCGUGAAACCCUUGGAAUAAUGCAGCACCAUGAUGCCAUUACUGGAACAGAGAAGGAGAAGGUGGCCUUGGAUUAUGCCAAGAGAAUGAGCGUUGCCUUCAGGGCUUGCGGUGCAACCACUCGAAAUGUGUUGAAUCAAUUGACUGUGACAUCGAAGGAAAAUGUCAAAGAUAAAUCGGCCAAAUAUGUAUUUGAUUUCAAAACUUGUCCUCUUCUGAACAUCACUUCCUGUCCAGUCUCCGAAGAAAAUGAGAGAUUUGCCCUGACUCUGUACAAUCCUCUAGCCCACACUGUCAAUGAGUAUGUGAGGAUUCCUGUAGUGGAUCCCAAUUACAAAAUUAUUGAUAAUAAGGGUGUUACUUUGGAAACACAAGCUGUUCCAAUUCCUCAAGUUCUUAUUGAUAUUAAGCACAGAAAUUCGACUGCCAAAUACGAAAUAGUUUUCUUGGCCACCAAUAUUCCGCCUCUGGGAUAUCGUACUUACUAUGUGGAAAAACUAGAAAGCACUGAGGGUACCACAAAGACUAUAAAGGCUUCGCCGAAGAGCACUACUAGUGUUACAGUAAUUGGAAAUAGUCACAUUAAACUUGGCUUCGACACCAAUGGUUUCCUUUCUGAAGUCACAGCUGAUGGUCUUACCAGAUUGGUUAGCCAGGAGUUCUUGUUCUACGAGGGAGCUGUUGGAAAUAAUGCUGAGUUCCUGAAUCGAUCUUCUGGUGCCUAUAUCUUCCGACCCAACGAGAACAAGAUUCACUUUGCCACCGACCAAGUUGAAAUCGAAGUCUACAAGGGCGAUUUGGUUCAGGAAGUCCAUCAGAAGUUCAACGAUUGGAUUAGCCAGGUGGUGCGUGUCUAUAACAAGGAUUCCUUUGCGGAGUUUGAGUGGUUAGUUGGACCCAUUCCCAUUGAUGAUGGCAUUGGCAAGGAAGUGAUUACUCGCUUCAAUUCUGACAUUGAGUCUGAGGGCAUUUUCCGCACUGAUUCUAAUGGUCGUGAGAUGAUCAAGAGGAAACUCAACCAUCGUGAUACAUGGAGUGUGAAGAUCAACGAAGAAGUGGCUGGAAAUUACUACCCCAUUACCACCAAAAUAGAUCUGGAGGAUGAAACAGCCCGUUUGGCAAUCCUUACGGACAGAGCCCAGGGUGGUAGCUCCUUGAAGGAUGGAUCCUUGGAACUUAUGGUUCACCGUCGUCUCUUGAAGGAUGAUGCCUUUGGAGUGGGCGAAGCUCUGAAUGAAACUGAAUUUGGAGAUGGACUGAUUGCUCGUGGAAAACACCAUCUCUUCUUUGGACAAUCCAAGGAUCGCGAAGGUUACUCCCUGAAGGCCAUUGAGAGAUUAACCCAACUGGAGAAACUGCUGCCCACUUGGAAAUUCUUCAGCAACAUGGAGGCUUACAGUGCCGAGGAAUGGCAGGCAUCCUUCACGAAUAUUUUCACUGGCAUUUCAUUGGUUUUGCCAAAGCCUGUGCAUCUUCUGACCCUGGAACCCUGGCACGAGAACCAACUUCUGGUGCGUUUCGAGCACAUCAUGGAGAACGGAGAGGAUGCAUCAUACUCCAAACCAGUGCAGUUCAAUGUUAGGAAUGUCCUAAGUGCUUUCGCCGUUGAGGGCAUCCGUGAAACAACUUUGGAUGGCAAUGCCUGGUUGGACGAAAGUCGACGACUGCAAUUCGUCCCAGAUCCCGAAGAUGCCGCAUUCAACACAUAUGCCACAUUUUCGAAGCCAGCUGAGUCAGUGCAUCUUCUAAGUGCCGAGAAACCAUUCCUGGAAGUUAAAUAUGCCAAGGAAGCUCUGCCAGCUGGUCAACUGGGUGCCGAGAGUAACCGUAUUAAGCGCGAAAUAAUCUCCGAACAGGAUUAUAAGGAGGAUGGACGAUCAUCUAAGGUUACGGAGGGUGCCUUCAACACCUUCAAGUCAGAUAGUAGCAAUCAAGAUUACAUCAUCGAACUGAGCCCCAUGGAGAUCCGAACAUUUAUUGUUUAUUUGACUGCGGCUUAAGGGUCUUAUUUAUGUAAAGCAAAAAGUAAUGUUCUUAAUAAAGGUAAACUUGUAAUGUAA